AUGCACCGUCUCCGCCGAGCAAUCGAUUCUCGUCGAUGCCACCGGCAGCGCCGUCGCCUCCUCUCCGCCGUCGCUGGCGGCGACCAGCAGAUCCGCGACAUCCCGCCUACCACCUGCGCUGUCCCAUGGAACCGCAUCCUCCGCGCCCACAUCUGCCGCUCCCGUCCGGACCUCGCGCUCGCGCUCUACCGCCGCAUGCGCGCGCUCUCCCCCACGCUCCCCAACUCCUACACGCUCCCCCUCGCCCUCCGCGCGGGGACCUCCGCACGAAUCGCGUCCGCCAUCCACGCACACGCCCUCCACCUUGGCCUGCAUGCCCACCCGGACGUCGCCCGCCAGCUCCUCGCCGCCUACGCCAGGCACGGCCUCGCCGACGAGGCCCGCCACGUGUUCGACGCAAUGCCGUCGAAGAGGACCACCAUGUCCUGGAACAUGCUCAUCUCCGCGUACUCGGUCUGCUGCGACCCCAACAACGCAAUGGCCACGUUCGCGCGCAUGGCCGCCACUGACGAGCCGCUCCCCGACGCCGUGACGUGGACGACGCUGCUCUCGGCGCACGCGAGGUGCGGUAAGCACCCGGUGGUUCUUGAACUGUUCGGAGACAUGUACCGCAGCGGAUGCGAAGGUAACGCCGAGUCCGUGGCCGUGGCUCUCUCGGCGUGCCCUUACGCUGGCGACCUCGCAUUGGCGAAAGGGAAGGCGAUACAUGGCUAUGGCUUCACGAAGGGCGUCGUGCGCGGCUACCUGUUCGUGACGAACUCACUGGUGUGCAUGUACGGCAAGCUGGGCGAGAUGGACGACGCCCGGAAGGUUUUCCGGGAAGCCGGGGAGAGGAACAUCGUGACAUGGAACGCCAUCAUCACCAGCUACGCUGCUGCUGGGAUGUGCGACGAAGCGUUAGACGUGCUCGUCCGGAUGGGGCAGCGUGGCGGUAUGGCUGCGCCCAAUGUGGUGAGCUGGAGCGCUGUCAUUGGCGGCUUCGCGUCGUCUGGGGACUAUGAGCGCGCGCUGGAGCUGUUCCGGCGGAUGCAACGGCAAUGGCUUUCGCCGAACGUGGUGACCUUGGCUACCGUUCUCUCAGCCUGCACCGAGCUACUGGCGGUGCGGCUGGGUCGGGAGGUCCAUUCCUACGCGAUCAGGUCCAUGCUCGACCGGCACUCGCUCGUCGAGAACGGACUUAUCAACAUGUACGCCAAGUGCGGGAGAGUUGCCGCCGCACGCACGGUGUUUGACGGUAUGAAGAGCAGGGACCUGGUCUCCUGGAACUCCAUGUUGGCCGGCUACGGGAUGCACGGCCUGUGCGACAACGCCCUCGCACUCUUUGCAGAUAUGGCCGAAGCUAAUGUCGAUCCUGACGGCGUCACAUUCGUCGCCGUUCUGUCGGCGUGUAGCCAUGCAGGCCGCGUGUGGGAGGGCCGCCGUCUGUUUGAUCAGAUGAUGCUGGAGCACAAAAUCUCCCCGUCCAUGGAGCACUAUACGUGCAUGGUAGACCUCCUGGGCCGUGCCGGCUUGCUCAAGGACGCGUCCAAGCUCAUCGAGACGAUGCCCAUGGAAGCCGACCUGUGCGUGUGGGGGGCGCUGCUCAACUCCUGCAGGAUCCAUGGGGACGCAGCCAUGGCCGAAGCCACCAUCGCGAAGGUUCUGCAGGCCGGCGCGGAGACCACCGGCAACCACACGCUGAUCACGAACCUGUACGCCGCGUGCGGGAUGUGGGACGACUCCAAGAGGGUGAGGGUGAUGACAAGGGAGGCCGGCUUGAGGAAGAACCCGGGGCAGAGCUGGAUUGAGGUGAAGAACAAGGUGUUCGCCUUCGUGGCCGGCCGCGUGCCGCCGUCGUUGCCCGGAGCUGAGGAGGUCUUCAGAGUGCUCGAUGAUUUGUAUCGCGAAAUGGAUGACGAGAGACGUAGCAUAGAGGAGGAUCACAUUGUAAACGUUCGAUAGAAGAGAAAGCGUUUGCGGAUA